AACUGCUGUCAUCCUCAUUUUAGAGGCUGCAGGAUCUGAGACAGUGAAAAACUAAUAAUAGAAAGGCUGACUAGAAGUUUUAUCUGAGAAAGGUUUGAGAAUAGAUGUUUCCAAUCCCAGAAAACUGUUUUGUACCAAUCUCUGAAAUCAUUGCUGUAGAAGAAAGGGAGUUUAACAAGAAACAACGUAACAUUGGCAGAUGGCAAAAAAUGGCAAAGCUACAUGCUUUCACAGUGUAUUAUGUGAAGAGAGCCCGAAAUCACCGCUGGCGGUGCAGUGAUGUGACGUUUUGGUGCGUUGAUGAGCACUUAUGUAAUCAGUGGACACAGGCGCUGAAGGAAUCACUUGAAAUGCAGAAGUCUAGACCAAAGCAGCUGCUUGUGUAUAUUAAUCCCUAUGGAGGAAAAAGACAAGGGAAGAGGAUUUAUGAACAGAAAGUUGCUCCACUCUUCAAUCUGGCUUCUAUAUCCACUGAUGUUGUUAUAACUGAACAUGCCAACCAUGCUAAGGACAACUUAUUUGAAGUUAAUAUUUAUAAAUAUGAUGGUGUUGUUUGUGUUGGUGGGGACGGCAUGUUCAGUGAAGUGAUGCAUGGUCUCAUUGGAAGAAUGCAGAAGGACUCUGGCAUAGACCAAAAUAAUCCCAAAGCAUCGUUAGUCCAGUGCAAUAUAAGGAUUGGCAUAAUUCCUGCUGGAUCAACAGAUUGCAUAUGCUAUUCAACUGUUGGCAUUUCUGAUCCAGUAACUUCAGCUCUUCAUAUUAUUGUAGGUGACUGUCAGCCUCUGGAUGUCUCUUCUGUACAUCACAACAACACGUUUUUGAAAUACUCUGUGUCAUUGCUGGGUUAUGGUUUUUAUGGAGAUAUAUUAAAAGAUAGUGAGAAGAAACGGUGGAUGGGUCCAAUGAGAUACGACUACUCAGGUUUCAAGACUUUUCUUUCUCAUCAUUAUUAUGAAGGAACAAUUGCUUAUCAACCAGCAAAACGCACACACGGAUCUCCACGAGAUAAAGAGAGCUGCAGAACGGGAUGUUACAUUUGCAAGAAAAGUGAGAAACAGCUGGCAGAACAGACCAAGGAACAUGGAUUAAAACAUGAAGAAGGUGAAGAAGAAUGGAAGGUUAUAAAAGGGAAAUUUCUAGCCAUCAAUGCAGUAAAUAUGAGCUGUGCCUGUCCACGAAGUCCAAAAGGUCUUUCACCAGCAGCUCAUUUGGCAGAUGGUUCAGCAGACCUCAUUCUAGUUCGGAAAUGCUCCAGAUUUGAUUUUCUACGGUAUCUUGUCAGACACACAAACCAGGAUGAUCAGUUUGACUUUCCAUUUGUAGAUGUUUAUCGGGUGAAGUGUUUUCAAUUUACAUCAAAGCUUUCAGAAGAUAACGAAAGCAAUGUCAUGGACAUAGGAAAGAAACGUUUUGGCCAGUUCUGCAGAGAUCAUCCAGCCUGUUGCUGUAAUAUUGUUAAUAGCACCUGGAAUUGUGAUGGAGAAACUUUGGAUAGUUCAGCAAUUGAAGUGAGGGUUCACUGCCAGUUAAUGAAACUGUUUGCAAGAGGAAUUGAGGAAAACUGUAAAGAUGAAGCUGCCUGCAGCCAGAGUAGCAUUGAGCAAUUACUAUAGACAUUGUUCCUCCAAUGGGGAGAAGAAAAAAUAAAAGCUCAAGGAAAUUGAGUAAAUACGCAUUUUAGUCAAAUUGACAAGUAUUUUAAACUUCUAGAUUUUUUUUUAUGGCUUCACUAUAAUUUUAGACAUUUUACUGUAUUAUGUCAUUUUUUUAAAAAAACAUUGUAAUCAUUAAAAUAUAUCUUGUAGCAAUGUAAUCUGUUAUGUUAGAAAAGAUGGCAUCAGCCUAUAUCUGUGUAUUCAUGAUGAUGAUAAAUUCUCUGUGCUUUUCUAGAGAGCUAAUUUAGUAGUUGUGUUGCAAUAAUAUCUAAAUGUUAUGAAACAUUGGACUUCCCACUGGCACCAAGACAUUUUCAGUGUCUGAGAAGAUGUUUUCUGCUGGGAGUGUUACAUAGUUGUGUGUGGCUUAAAUGCUGGACAACGGUGUUGUCAUUCGCUUUUCUUUUUUUUUUAAUUAAAAUCUUUCAUUUUGUAAUUCUGACAAUACCUUGCAACUUAUCAAUGCAAUUCAAACACACAUUCCUGGCUUUAAGUAAUAACAAUAAUAGUGUACAGAUAUUUGAAAAAUAAAAGCACAACUAUAUACAGGUCACACCUCAUCCUAUGUAUUCUGUCUUUGAAGGUUUCCUUGCAUCAUGCUUUUUGGGAUUUUAAAAGGUUUUAUUACUGUUUGGAUGAUACCAAAUACCACACAGUGCAACUGAAAAGUCUUGCAAGCAAAUUGCAGGAGUACUUGUAUAAUAUCAGGAAGGCACAGGAUAGGAAAAUACAAUUAAGUUCUCAAACACCAGCAAGUUUUAAUUUUUAAAAAUGUCUGAUAUUAACCUAUUAAAAGCAGCUUCCCUCUUCAGUACACAAUUCUUUGGACAUUCUACUCCAUACGUUAAAAUGUCUUUGCAAAAUAAGAUGUUGAAGUGUUAAGUUUAAUGAUUGAAAUUAUUUAAUGAUUGAAAAUCCUUAAAAUAAUUUAACUAAAUAUGAAACAAAAUACUUUGCUUUGUAAAGCCAAGGGGAGAAACUGGCAUCUGACAAAUCAUGAAUUCACUGUGCAGAUUGUUUUUAUAACAAAAAACAUUGGACUGUCAUAUAGAGCUAUGGAGAGAUUAUUUAAGUUGUAUAUAGUUUUGUGUGUUGUGGCAGAUACAUGUUUUGUGUCCCAGCUUGGGGCUGAAUUUUGCUCUUCUUGUACAGACUUACUGCUGUUUGAGGACAGAAGUUAGCCCCUGUUCUAUCUUUUAAGUGUUUCUUUAAGUUUAAAAUUUUCUUUAAAACUGACUUCAUCUGAGAUUUUUUUUUUGCAUCCAAACAGCUGAUGAUUCUUGAUUCAUGCAUAUUUAUUGGUACUUCUGUCAUCCAGCUUUUGUUUGUUUCACGACUCUUGUGUAUGU